AUGCUGUCAGUGGCUGUUGAACUUACGUAAUGCUGAUUGGUUGUUGAAUUUGCGUCAGGCUGCAGUGAGUGUGAGUUAAAAAGAUUGUCUGCUGAGUGCUGUGUGCUAAACUUUGGGGGAUCAGUUCAUCCAGCACUCCUACGCAGCUAUUGCAGGGUUCUGAAACUCCAUUGCAGCAAUGUCAGCACCCAAGAAACCUGACCCACCAGUCGUGGGCAAGGUAACUCACUACACCAUUGAGCUGAUGUGGGAUGAAGCUGGGAGUAAAGACAGGGUGGACAAAGGUGACGGCAGGUUACGGUUUGCAGUACAAGAGGCCGAUAAGAUCCAGGGAUGGGGAAAUGUUUACACCGGCUAUGCAACCAGCAAUGUCUUCCAAGGCCUGGAGUCCAACACGCUGUACAAGUACAGACUCAGAGUUUUCAAUAGCCACGGCAGCAGUGAAUACAGCCGAGUUGUGACUGUCUCAACAACCAAGGAACCGCUGAAUGGGGACCAGCUGCACAAAGCUGUGUCGUUAACGCAAGACGUGGACCGAGUGGCCGAGAUUUUAGAGUCGGGCGAUGUGUGGGUGGACGUACCGGACACGUUUGGGCUGUCUCCUCUAAUGCAGGCCUCACAGAAGGGAAACAUUGAGAUGAUUGAAACGCUCAUGAGAUACGCAGCCGACAUCAACGCCAUUAACGGCAGCGGGAAGGACAGUCUCAUGCUGGCGUGCUUCGCCGGGCACCUGCCGGUGGUCAAGUUGCUGCGCUCCUACAACGCCUCGUACGAGACCCGCGAUAAAGGGGGCUCGACCGCCAUGCACUGGGCCGUGGACGGGGGUAACGUGGCGCUGAUUCAGAGCAUGAUUGCUGACGGUGCAUCGGUCAAUCAGAAAGGCUGGGGUUCGGGCUGGACACCGUUGCUUCGCUGCGCCGCCAUGGCCGGUGACCCCAACGUGGCCAGGGUUCUCAUCAACGCAGGGGCCGAGGUUAAUGUCAAGGAUAAGGAUGGAAAGACACCCCUCAUGAUAGCCAGUUUGAACGGUCAUGUGACGCUGGUACAGCUGUUGGUAGAGAAGGGUGCUGAUCCUACGGUACGCACCGAGUUUGGCAUGUCGGCUGUUGAAAUGGCACACUCAUUUGACCGAAAGAGAGUCAUGAAGUACUACGGAGAGAUCUUAGAGAAGGGCAAGCUCAAGAAGGGAAUUGUCGGCAGCUGAUCUGCAGUCGCUGCAAGCCCUUGUCUACUAGACCAUCUGACCUGAUUUAACUGACCCCGUAGAGAUUGUCUCAUGUUCAACCCCCUGCUUUGCCCUUUUUGUUGAGUAUCGGUCUUACCCGCACAGCCUACAUAGUUUGUCCACGGACUUUGCCCUCUAUGCGGUUAUCUAGAUCUGUGUCAAAUCUUUUUCCCCUCUUAUUUUGUAAUCUACCACUUAACGUUUAGUAUCAGUUGUCAUGGUUGUUGAGUAGAUCCAACUUUAAUGGAUACAUGUCGCUAGACAACCUCCUGUGGAAAACACAUGUUCGGUUUUAAGUUUGUUUUGUACUUCGCUGGCGUAAUGUCAGAAGUACUGUGUAUUCAGUGCUUUCCUAAACCUGGUGAACUUCUUAAUUUGACUCAGGUGGAUUCAAUAUUCAGGAUUGACGUUCUAAUCUGAGAAUUUGUCUAAAAGUAAACACAGGGGUGAACAGCAAGUUGUGUUGUAAUUUAUUUGAAGUAGAAUUUCUGCAUUUGUAAGCGAGGCGCUAAGCUCACACUAAAUUCUCGCUACAGUGUAACAGCAGAGACUAUGCAAUUUCUGAUUAGUUUAUUAGUUCGCUUUAUUUUGCUCGUUUAUACAUUUGAUUAUUUUAGGGAAUCAACGACGGCACAUGUGUUUGUGAGAGGCGAAAGUUUUGUUGUUGAACAUGUUGAAAGUUUUAUAGCUGCUCAAUACCAAUAUGUAAAUUUAGCUUUGUAAGUUUGGCUUUUACACUUGCAGAAUAUUUCACCAAACCAGUAGUACAUGAUAUCGCACAGGAGUGACCGGAUGUCACCAGAAAUCACAAGAAAUGCUGUUUGAACUGAGGAAACGGUCUAUUUGAAUGGGUUGAAGAUGCAGCAAAGCUGAUCAUUAUAGAGAGAAGCAUCUGACAAAGUCAAAUGGGGAUUUGAAUGGAGCAUUUAAUGUCGUUCCAAGUACUUGUGAUCAAAAAUUUGAAAAAUUACUAAACCACUAUAAAAAAUAAUCGAGCUUUGACAUAGGUACCAGAUAGCUAGGCACAUGCAUGUACAUGCACAUCCCUGGCCUCAGUCCAGCGAUUCUGUAGGUAGUUUGUAUAAAUAGAAUUGUUUUGUUAAAAGCAUACAUGAUUGUAUAAAUAAAUAACAAUAAGUAGGCCUACUUCCUGAUUUCUGGCCUGGCCUUUGAUCUGGUAACCCGCCUGAUAGUCGCUCAAUGCUCAUAGUACUCAGACAAUCUAGGCAUUCUUCAUGGAUUUCAAAAUAUAGAUAAUAAUCCAAAAAGGCUGCCUGUUUCUCGUGAAUGUUGAACCAUUUGUUAUCUAACAUUAUUCUAAUAACUGUAUAUUUUGGUUCUGAUUGUAAAUAAUUUGACUCUUGAGAUUCCGUCCGAAACCUUUCAUACCCUCCCCUUUUAAAAGGAGAUUCUUUCAUGGGUAUUCAAAUUCAACCAGUUCUUAUUAUUACAUUGCUAAUAAACUGUAUAUUUGGCUCUGAUUGUAAAUAAUUCAAGCCUUUGGCAAAUCCGUCCACAUUUGGCAGCUUUAUAAAAUGAAAGAGCUUUUGGUUAACAUGACAAUGAUAUUUCGCAUUUGAUAUAAAUAAACUAUGUAGAAUUUAAUGUUCAACCCAUAAAUAAAAGAAAACUUAAAGUUGGUAUUUACUUGCUUUUUCCAAAUUUCGAUUUUCUUUUCCGAACGAAAUUUAAAGGAAUACAAUGGCCUGCAACAAUUAAUUUUACUUGUUGUUUUUGCAGGCAUUGAUACAGUUUUAAAAAGUGGUUUCAAAUGGCGCGCUCCAGUUCAGAAAUUGCGCACACUAUAUUCAGAACGAAUUAGGAGCGUCCCGCUCUUAAUUCAAAGUUGAAUCGUGGGCCGAUUUUUUUUCGUGCAAUGUCUCAUUGGAAAGUUCAUAAGUUCAUUCUAUUAGAAAAUCUAUAAAGGGUGCCACACCCAAAAAGCACGUAUACACCAACUUUAAUUUAGAGGUGUUGUUUAAUUUAGAGGUGACGUAAUUGAGCAGCUGCUUUAAUUAGCUACGAAUGCACUUACCCACAAAUUUCAAUUGUUACUAUUUUUUAUACCUAUAGGCAUACUCAAGUUUAUGGUUAAUGUACAUAUUUUGAUGUUGAAAAUGCCAAAUUAAAUUUUCAAUAAUUAAAGAAGAAUU